GAGCUGUUUGGGAGUACCGUGCGAGUACUACCAACUGUGAGCGAGGAGACAGUUAAGUGCUAGCAGAGUGAGAGGACUGCCGAGUCACUAUAAGGUUGCCCAACAGGGAGGGAAUACACGAGCACAAUACUACAUUGCUCAUGUUACUAUCUUAUACGGUGACGAUUACCAAGCACAACGUUACUUCCAUCAGCCUUGGGCUUCAGAACAGCUGCAGCCGGCUGUAGUCGUCAGCAGCACGAUGGUGGUUUGGCGGCUCCUUUUCUCGGUUGUCGUGUGGACGACUUGCCUGGUGUCAUCAAGCAGAGCUCAAGAAUGGACUUUGACUAACGCUAACAAAUCCAUUGAAGUGCCUGGGUCUGUCCCCGGAGGUGUUUAUACAGACCUCAUGGCAGCCGGUAUACUGUCUGAAGGAGACUUCUAUUACCGAUUCAACGACCUCAACUAUCGAUGGGUGGCAAAAGAGGAUUGGUCGUACUCAACAACAUUUGAAGUCGAUCCAGAGAUGGCUCAACACCAGCAGGUUGUCCUCAUCUUUGAUGGCCUGGACACAGCAGCCAAAGUUGUCGUCAAUGGUGUCGUUGUGGGUGAAGCCAACAACAUGUUCGUCAGAUACGUGUUUGAUAUAAAAGAACAGAUACAGGAGUCAAAUGUGGUAGACCUCGAGAUCAGAUUCGAAUCGCCCUUGACCUAUUCUACUCGAGCCUUUGAGGACCAACUUAAGGACUACCUAGUGCCGCCCAAAUGUGUUCCAAAGGAGUACCAAGGGGAGUGCCAUGCUAAUCACAUCCGGAAGAUGCAGGCCUCUUUUUCCUGGGACUGGGGACCGGCUUUUCCUAAUAUGGGAAUAUGGAAGCACUGGAAGCUUGCAGGCUUUGACACCCUCAAGAUAAGUGACAUUUUGUUCACUGCUACACCAACAGAGGAGCUUCCUGCUAAGCCUGACUUCAGUCUGAGACCUGGAUGGAAUGUCACGCUAGAAGUUGUAUUCGAUUCAGCAUUAGAAUCUGGCUCAAUAGAAGGCGAACUUGAGAUCUUUCUUGGAGACGUGUUCAAUGUGACGACAGAAACAACCAUCAUUGCAAAGGAUUUUGAAGCCUCGAAAACAGUCACAUUUGAAAUAGGCCAGAAUUUAGUUGACAUGUGGUGGCCAAAUGGUUUCGGCAUACCCGGUCCUCGUGCACUUUAUGACCUGAACGUUACAUGGAAACCAAAAUCAGAGUCGCCUACUUCUUCGAAAGAAGUCAGAGUCGGAUUUCGAACUGUCGAGCUUAAUCAGGACUUCGUAGACCCAGCCAACGAAACUCUAGGUCGCCAUUACCGUGUUCACGUGAACAAUGUGAAGAUGUUCAUGAAAGGAAGCAACUGGAUCCCUGCUCACAUUCUUCCCGAGGUGGUGAGCAAAGACUAUACUUUGGAGUUUCUCCAGGCAGCUCAGAUAACCCACCAGAAUUGCAUCCGCGUCUGGGGAGGAGGCAUCUACGAGACAGACACCUUCUAUGAGAUCGCGGAUGAACUGGGCCUCCUGAUCUGGCAAGACUUCAUGUUUGCCUGCAGUAUGUACCCUGUUAACCAGCCUUUCCUGGACAGUGUUGCAGAUGAAGUUCGAACUCAAGUUCGAAGACUCCAUCAUCACCCAAGUAUUCUUCUCUGGGCAGCAAACAAUGAGAACGAAUCAGCUCUUAGAAGUAACUGGUAUGGCACAGCAACAGACUUCGAGAAAUAUAAAGCUGAUUACAAAAAGCUCUACGUCGAAACAGUCCGAGAUUUGACUCAGUCCCUCGACGCAAGUCGGCCUUUCGUCGUCAGUUCUCCCAGCAAUGGCAUUGAGUCUGAGGAGGAAGACUACGUAGCCAGUAACCCAUCCAGUAACCUUUAUGGUGAUGUUCAUUUCUACAAUUACUUGAGUAACGCUUGGAACUGGAAGAUCUACCCUCGGCCCAGAUUUGCUUCUGAAUAUGGAUAUCAGUCUUGGCCAUCAUUUCGCACAAUGAGAAACGUGACCACAGAGGAGGACUGGAGUCACACAUCCUCUUUUUCUUACCAUCGCCAACACCAUCCUGGUGGUCAGGAGGAGCUCGCCCUCCAGAUAGGUCUCCAUUUGCAUCUUCCUCCUGCUGAUGGAACGGAGAAAACCUACAGAGAUUAUCUGUAUCUCAGCCAAGUCCACCAGGCUGUAGCUGUGAAAACAGAAUCGGAGUUUUACAGACGAGGCAUGAGCAGCAUCAACAGCCAAGGGGAAGGGUACGUCAGCGGGGCCCUCUACUGGCAGACCAACGAUAUUUGGCAAGGACCGUCGUGGGCCUCACUCGAGUAUGGAGGACGAUGGAAAAUGCUGCAUUACUAUGUGAAGAAGUUCUUCACCCCAGUACUUGUUUCCCUUUACUUAGAUGGAGAUGAUCUUGAAGUAGCCGUUAUCAAUGAUUCCUAUGAAUCUGUCAUCGGAAUGAUGUUGUCUGUGGUAUUAUAUCGUUAUGACCGAAUGGAGCCGAUCACUUACUUCAAUGCUACUGCUGAUGCUGUAGCUAUGGAAGCAAAUGUGGUUGCCCGCUACAACCUCUGGGAUGACCUGAAACUAACGGAGCACUGCCAUUCAGGACUUCAAGAUGAAGUAGAUGUAUGCUUUGUAGUUGCAGACGCCUCUGCAGGGCACGGAGAGGGAGAGACUCUAAGUACAAACUUCCAACUCCUGGGAGAGCCUAAAGAUGCUCUUCUUCAGAAAGCCAGUGUGGAAGUUCAUUCAAUAUCUGGUCCGUAUCUCACUACCAUUAGCAACAACACAUUCAUCGUCACAUUGUCAUCCAACCAAGUCGCUCUCUUCGUCUGGGUGGAAGUUGAUGAUCCUGGCUUCUUUUCUGACAACGGAUUCCUGAUGGUCACGGAGGAGGUCAGCAUUGAAUUCUAUGCUCAAGGUAGUACAACAACGGAAUUACUACAGCAGUCCAUCCAAGUUACAUCACUGACCGAUACUUACACGGACGAAUCCAUUGCUAGAGCUGACAGGGAGGCUGCGAUGGAGGGAGCACUGCAUCCCAACGACAUCAGAAAUUUUAUUGUUGUAUAAUGCAUUUUGCAGUAAACUGGUCAUAAGAC